AUGACACAUGGAAAUGGCACAGGAGUGACUGAAUUCUUUCUUCUGGGAUUUGCUGACCAGCACAGGUUUUGGCAUGUCCUCUUCAUUGUAUUUCUACUGAUCUACAUGACCUCCAUGCUGGGUAAUACUGGAAUGAUCCUCCUCAUCAAAGCAGAUUCCAGACUUCAAACACCCAUGUACUUUUUCCUACAGCAUUUGGCAUUUGUUGAUAUCUGGUAUACCUCUGCAAUCACUCCCAAGAUGUUGCAAAACUUUGUGUCAGAAAAUAAAUCAAUUUCUUUUGUGGGAUGUGUAAUGCAAUUUUGGGUUUAUGGGACUUUUGGUACAAAUGACUGUUACCUCCUGGCUGCUAUGGCAGUGGACCGUUAUGUAGCCAUCUGUAAACCACUUCACUAUUCCAUAGUCAUGUCCCAUACAGUAUGCAUCCUACUGGUAGCUGGUUCAUAUGUAGUUGGCUCAAUUAAUUCCUCUGUACAUGCAGGUUUAAUGUUUUCACUGUCCUUUUGCAAGUCCCACACCAUUAACCACUUUUUUUGUGAUGCUGCCCCAAUUCUUGCUGUUUCAUGCUCUGACAUUGGCAUGAACAUCAUACUUCUUGGUGUCUUUGUGGGAUUCAACGUGAUAUUCACUAUGUCAGUUGUUGUCUUCUCUUACGUAUACAUCCUGGCUUCCAUCCUAAAAGUGCAUUCUAUGGCAGGGAGGAAAAAAGCCUUCUCUACAUGUGGCUCCCACCUGACAGCAGUCACCAUUUUUUAUGGGACUUUCUUUUACAUGUACUUACAGCCUCAUUCUAACAAUUCCCAGGAGAAUAUGAAAUUUGCCGCUGUAUUUUCUGGAAUUGUGAUUCCCAUGUUGAACCCCCUGAUCUAUAGCUUGAGAAAUAAUGAAGUAAAAGAAGCUCUAAAAGCAUUAGGGAAGAAGUUCUUCUAG